ACCCACUUCGCCCACCAUAUUCUUCCGACCCGCCGCGAGGCCACCUUCGAUGCUGCAACAUAUGCGAGCCCCCUCGUCGACAUGGUCUCUGUUGCGGCACCCGUUGGCGCCAUGCCACCGCCUCCAACCCCCAUCACCAAGCGACCGACGAUCGGCUUGAAGCGCGACUCAUCAUACCUAGAUACCGACGACGAAGCAGGAUUAUCCGUCACCACGAAAAGGCUGAGGUUCAAUCCUGAAGUGCAGAUCAGAGAGUAUGGACUUGAGGGCGACAAGUCUGAAGCGCUGGUGAGAGAAGAAGUGCGGUCUGCAAUCGACAAGCAUCUCGCGACCACAGACCACAGAGACGAUACGCCGUAUAUCAAACUGCUGGACUUCGUCGGGCGAGAACCUGCGGAUGGCGACGCUCCCAGCACAAAGCUUCUGAAGAAGUAUAUCGAUGCAAUCAGUGGUCGCAUAGCAGUGCUGGGUGAAUGCAGCAAGCUGGUUAUUGCUAUCCUGGAUCUUUCCUGGCUCGGUCGCGAUGACGAGUUUGUGCAGGUUUACGGGAAAUUCCUAAUUCUGCUUGGAAGCACAUACUCCAAGUUUGUGUCCCCCACCCUCGAGAGACUGGUAUCGCAUUUUGAACGCUUGCCUGCAUCAAUGGGCAGACUACCAUACGAGGAGCCUGUCUCGCGGGCAAUCAUGUUUGCAAGACUUCACGCGACCAUCGAGAAUCUUCUAGAACGCAUACCCAUGGCCAGUAAGGUAUUGCUGAGUCAGUUCGGACGCCAAUUCCCAGAUGAUCUGGCGAAGACCAAGAUCUAUCUCCAAUACCAAAGACAAAUCUUGCAGAUCGCGAACUUAAACUCAGUACUCCAUGGCGGAGUCAUCGAGCUGAUUAUAAGGCGUCUGGUUAACAUCGACGUUCAGAUCCAGCGCGACAUUGAAGAAUUGGAAGAUGACGCGGAGGAACAGCUGCUCCAGAAGCAACGACAACGUGGCGAUGCUUUCGGCGGCGCUGAAGAGGACGACGACAGUGAGGAUGACUCCGAUUCUGAGUCCGAGAUUACUGUCACUGAAGAGGAGCAAAUGUUGCAAAACUUACGCCUGAAAGUCGCGAAUAUGGAUGGUACUCAGGUGAUCCUAUUCCAGCACUACCAUCGACUUUUCUCGACGAAUCUGAGCCCCGAAGACAACGAUGCCUACAACCAGCUUUGGUCGCACUUCACGAGCUUUAUCAUGACACACAGAUGCAGACAUGCGCAAUUCCUGCUCUUCCAUUUUGCGCAGACAUCAUCCGCUUACGCCUCGAAUUUCAUCAAUCGCUGCAUCCAGAUCACCAGCAAUAAAACCGCAGCACCCAACCUUCGACUGACGGCUUGCGCCUACGUGGCUAGCUUUGUCGCCCGUGGCUCCCACGUCUCCAGCGGCCUCAUUCGCAGCACCUUCAUGCAGCUCGCCGACUUACUCGAAAGCUUGCGCCAAACGAGCGAGCCGCAGUGUAUUGGACCUGACCGAAAGAGCUACGGCAUGUACUAUGCAAUCGUGCAGGCUUUGUUAUACAUGUUUUGCUUUCGGUGGCGGGACCUCGUCGUGCGCGACCCGGGCGACAUGAUUGAAGAGGACAUUCUUGCAGAAGGUCGAGAUCUGGCAUGGUUUCCCGGAGUGAAGGAGACGCUACAUCGCAACAUUCAUUCUGUGCUGAACCCACUGAAGGUAUGCUCCCCACACAUUGUGGGCGAGUUCGCAAAGAUUGCAAACCACUUGCGCUUCCUCUACGUCUUCUCAUUGCUGGAGCGUAACAAGCGUAUUCGUCUGAGUCAAGUGCCGUCGUACUUCAAAUUAGGCGGCACGAUCGACAUUGGCAGAAGGGAGACGGCAUUCGACCGCAAAAUUGGCGAAGCUCAUCAUCAGCUAGAAGCAUAUUUCCCAUUCGAUCCCUAUCAUCUCCCACUGAGCAAGAAAUGGAUCGAAGGAGAGUUCAAUGCGUGGCAACUGCCACGAGGCAUGAAGCAGGAGGACGACGAAGAGGAGGAUGAUGAUGAAAGUGGUGAAGAGGAGGAGUAUGAAAGUGACGAAGAAUCUCUACCUGGAGACCUUACUGUGCAGCCUCCAGUAUCUUCGGGAAUACUGGCCAUGAGCGGCAAUUGAGAUUGAACGGGACAAUGACUUGAAAAGUGCAGCGCUAUAGCAUCGGAGUUUGGAAGGGAUCCCGUGAAAACAUUAGCGUGGCGUUGGGUCCAAGGAGGAAAAGACGCUCUUCUUUCAUGAACAUAGCAGCGUCUUGACUUGAGCAUCAGCGCAUCUGUCGUCACUUAUAUACGAUGAAUGAAACGACAAUCGCGUGCAGGUUCC